UGAGUGAGAGGUGAGGGAGUGAGGAGUGAGAGGUGAGAGGAGAGGGAAAUAUGCCGGCGCGGCCACCCUCUCCCACUCUUAUUACAACCCAGUUUCUCUUUUUCGCCUCCACUUUACACGCCUUUCCCUCCCUCUGAGACCCCAAGCAGCCACUCCACGUGGAGCUAUAAACGCGGUGGUCGCCCCGGGAGAGCAGUACGCCGCAUGGGAAUAAAACUCGCCAGAAAGAAAUAGUUAAUACAAAGACCUUCAGGGGAAUCAGCUGUCGGGUGGAGAGUGUUGAGAGAGUUGCCUCAUCGGUGGCUGCCAGGUGGUGUUGUCUGGGGCUAUUGUUGCCUCUCCUGCCUCCCACCACACACACACGCCGCCCAUACCUCGCCCAGCCUGCCCUCGCCACCACCACCUGCCCUCAACCAAGUCUGGCGAGCAAUAAUACUCGAGGAUGUGCAGGCGAGUCCGGUAUAUCUGAGCACCCAACAUUUCCAGAUUCAUGAGUCCAUAAGUGCAAUUUGGUGGGUCAGGAAGCACAAGCCAGAACAACAUUAUGGCGUCCCAGGGUUACAGCUCGGACGAGUCCAGUGCGGAUCGUAAUGUUGAGAUCUGGAAAAUAAAGAAACUAAUCAAGAGCUUGGAAAUGGCCAGAGGAAAUGGCACCUCAAUGAUUUCACUUAUCAUUCCUCCUAAGGAUCAAAUUGCUAGAGUUAGUAAAAUGUUGGCAGAUGAGUUUGGUACAGCAUCUAACAUCAAAUCCAGAGUAAACAGAUUAUCUGUUUUGUCGGCCAUCACAUCGGUACAACAACGGCUCAAACUCUAUACUAAAGUUCCGCCCAAUGGACUAGUUAUCUACUGUGGUACCAUCGUUACAGAAGAAGGAAAAGAAAAGAAAGUCAACAUUGAUUUUGAACCAUUUAAACCAAUCAACACAUCACUCUACCUUUGCGACAAUAAGUUUCACACAGAGGCGCUUUCGGCGUUGUUGGCAGAUGACAACAAAUUUGGUUUCAUUGUGAUGGAUGGUAAUGGUGCGCUAUUUGGCACACUGCAGGGAAACACGCGAGAAGUAUUACACAAGUUCACGGUUGACCUUCCGAAGAAACAUGGUCGUGGUGGUCAAUCUGCUUUGCGUUUUGCUCGCUUGCGAAUGGAGAAGCGUCAUAAUUAUGUUCGAAAGGUAGCAGAGACAGCAGUGCAACUAUUUAUCUCCAACGACAAACCCAACAUUGCAGGUUUGGUUUUAGCGGGGUCUGCCGAUUUUAAGACGGAACUCUCCCAAUCAGAUAUGUUUGACCCUAGGUUACAAGGAAAAGUAAUAAAGCUUGUUGAUGUGUCGUAUGGAGGUGAGAAUGGCUUCAAUCAGGCGAUUGAGCUAGCGGCAGAAUCUCUUGCUAAUGUCAAGUUCAUUCAAGAGAAAAAGCUCAUUGCAAAGUACUUUGAAGAGAUUAGCCAAGAUACUGGCAAGUAUUGCUUCGGUGUUGUGGAUACGCUGAAAGCCCUCGAGUGUGGAGCUGUUGAGAUUCUUAUCUGCUGGGAAAACCUCGAUCUUGUCAGAUACGUUUUGAAGAAUCAUCAGUCUGGUGAAGAGACAAUUUUGCACUUAACUCCCGAGCAGGAAAAGGACAAGACUCACUUUACUGACAAAGCUUAUUAUGGCAACGCUGAUGUUUACAACACCAACAUCCACAACCGACAUCAGACUGGAGUAGAAUUGGAGUUAGUGGACUCGAUGCCCUUACUAGAGUGGCUGGCAAAUAACUACAAGAGCUUUGGUGCCACCUUGGAAAUCAUCACGGACCGUUCACAAGAAGGCUCACAAUAUGUACGAGGGUUUGGUGGUAUUGGAGGCAUACUCCGUUACAAAGUGGACCUGCAAGGUCUGGAAGACAUGGAGGAUCUUUCGGAGUUUGAUGUUGACCUCGAUGAUUACAUAUAAAAAUUAUACCAAAGGAUCUUGCGUUACAAGGUUGAUUUACAACAGUUAGCAGACCUGGAAGAAGAGUUCAAUGAUAUUGAUCUGGAUGAUUAUAUGUAAAUACUGGAUACUGCCUGGACACAGGGCAUGGCAGUGAAGGAGUACCACCCUGGGGAAAGAACUCAGUAUUUGAGGAGCACUGCCCUAGGGAACAUACAUGGUAUGGGAUCAACUGAGGAGAUUGCUCUUGCUGUGAACUACUCCAGGCGCUGUGCAGCUCUGAUGUUCCCUUGUUAAGACGCAAGUCACUCUUGAACCACCAACAUAGUGUGGUUCUACAUUGUUGCCUGACAAUCAGGCUUUUCUGUUCUAUAUUGUAAUAAAUUUUGAAUAUUAUUACCAGCAUCUAAUCCUGGGUAACAUUUUUACAAGGUGGCACAUUGUGUGGGUGCUCGGGACAGGGGAAUAGGAAACUGAUUAGAGAGAGGGUGGGACACUGCAGGGAGGGAAAGGGGGUCAUUGAGACAUUAAAUAUCAUGGGAUCUCUUUGUCAAAAUGAUAACCGUUCUUGGCCAAGGUCUAUGAGCAAAUUAAACUCUGCUUGUUUCACAGAUACAUUUCUUACCAUCAUACUCAGAGCAAGGGAAAGUACCUAAAGAAAUUUCAGUCAAACUAAACCAGUUUCAGCAUGAAUCUUUAAAGGCCUUCAGUUAGAAAUGCAUGGUGGGCCUGUUAGCCUGUUCUCCUGUUAGUAUUUAUCAUGAUAAUUAUUUGAUAAAUUUUGACUGUUAAAUAUAAGCACCAAUAAUUUGAAGUACAUCAUGGGUUUUAAUCAUAUUCACAAAUUUAUAAGGCAAGAAUUGAUGAAACUGGUAUUUGGCUGUUAUUCUGGAGCUGGAGCUCAAUACUCUUGGCAGCCCCAAGCAAAAAUUGUGAUCACUUAAUUUUUUAUAGUAGUAAAGGUGUCAGGAUUUAAAGAUUUCAUAGUACCUGUAUUUUGUAGAAUAUUAAAUCUACAUCUGUGGGAAUCAGGUGUGGCACUCAUAAGGUUGGGGUUGCUAACUAAAUUUUAUAUAGGCUUGACACUAUUGGUAAGGAGUAAUUUAUUAAAUUUAUGGUAAAAAUGGUUGGAAUUGCAGUAAAUGUAGACCAGUAACAUUUUGACAGUAUCCCAACAGGAUCAUUUUCAUUUAAAUCCAGCAAUGAGUUUCAUGUUGAGACGUUUGUCUAACAAAGUGCAUUUGCUGAAUGUAUUAGUGGAGAGGAGAGUUCAACUUGGCCCACCUAUUAAUAUAAAAUAAGCUGGAUAAUUAAGAGCCAAGUUAAUGUUUCUGAUACUCAUGGUAUAUUUCCUCCUCUGACAUUGUGAUGACUGCUGUUUUCUUGUUUGUUUCUUUAGGUGAUACUAGUAGCAAGUCAGGGUAAGUUUCUUUUAAGGAAUUUAAAUGGUAUAUGGGAAACGGUCAGAACAACAGGUACUUAGUGAAACUCGAGGCCGGAGGAAAUCAUAAUUGUGCAAUGCUGAAACGUGAAGAAAUUCUGAAAUCAGUUUUGUAAAGUCAGUGGUUCAGAGCUUUUUAAAAGAUGGCCAGUCCCUCCUGAUUAACUGCUGCCUUCGGGUCCUGCUGGAUGCCCGUCACUCUCCAUGGUCUGUAUUUUAUUACGUAUUUUUUGUGUGGCAUAAAAGAGGAGAGUUAAACAGGCUGCAGAUAUAAUAUUUAGCAGAUUUGAGCCAAAACAUUUAAUGGCAGACUUGCCGUGUUGGCAGGAACAGCUGAUAACAGUUCUGUCUGGCUCAGCUGGUGAUAGCUUGACACUGUUGUCAUUCAGAUGAUGACAGGUUGACAUUGUCGCCUGAUUCAGGAUAACAGUGUUACCUGUUGUUUUUGAUACUGUUAGCCCCAGUGUGGUUCAUUUUUGCCAAACUGUAGCAUCUUAUCUGUGCCUUAUUGGGUAUUUUUAUGUUCCUGUUCUUAAGAACAGGGUAUAAGUAUUUGCGCGAGGAAAUGAUAGACUAGGAAGAAUUAUUGGCUCGUCUUGACAACCAAGUGUCUGCACAUUACCUCAGUUCGCACUUCCAGUUUAGGUGAAGCCUCCUGUUAAGGUUUGAGCUCUCGAGUCGGGGGAGUCCUUAUGGAUGCAGAACAGCAGGUGCAUUGUGGAUUGUAAUAGAGAAGUUGCCAGAGUUCUAAUUCACCUGUAUAUUUUAUUGGUUACAAACAAAAUAAUCCACAAUGUGUUUGCUGAUAACUAAACUUUGGAACUUGCAUAAAUAAUAUGCCAUUAAUUCGAGGCAUCCUGUCAAGAUGACUAAGUAUGGGUUAUUGGAUCUGAAGGGUGAUUGACUGCCUAAAAUUUCUGAAGAAAACUGUUAUAUGGGAACUUGUGUUACAAAUAUAUUGGGGUUUGGAGAAGAAUUUAAGCAUAUUAGUUAAAUCAUGCAAAGCUUCCAAGGGGAGUAGUAUAUUAAAAUGUUUGAGGAUACAUUCAUUUAAAGGUUUUUAUAGAUAAGGCAGGCAGUUGCCAUCAACAAUUUUCAUCCAUAAUUACAGCGCUCAGGUUUCAAAAUUUGGAUAUUUUAUUUUAGGACCCUGACAAAUUCCAUUAACUCAUAAACUUAUCAUCCUCUAGUUUCUGUAUAAUGCUUUUGAUAUUUUGUGAAAUGUUAUUCAUAAUUGCAAUUUCAAAAUUUAAGAGAUCUAACAGAAAAUAUUGUCUCUAAAGUCCCCACAGCCCAAGCCAGCCGCCAGUGUACUAUUGUUUUCUCUAGGGUUUUGAACACCUGUAUGGAUCGGCUAAUAAAAUACUUUAGGGAAAGUUGA